AUAUAAAAAUGUUCAAUCGCGCAUAACCGUAAACCAGCAAUUUGAGCAAUUAAUGCCAAGAUCUUCACAAACCCUUAUUGGGUAGGACGCUUGUAUUUGCGCGACAUUCAAAAUGUUGUUAGGAAGAGAAAGCUUAGCUGGCAUGCGGCAACACGCUGGCGCUUCCUGCUCCGGCCGGACACGUAUGGGGCGAGCAGCAGCAUCUGUUGGGGCUUGCCUGGUGCCUCGGCCAGCAUCCAUCCCCGCCACCUCCAGCCAUAGACAACUACAAGACAAAAGGUCGCAACGCGGGUUGUUGCUGCCUAACCGUCAGCGGCCGCUUGCUCCUUGCCGCGCCACCCUUGACUCGCCCGAGAUAGAGGUGCUGGUGGAGCAGAUGAAGGCCAUGCGCCCCGCCCCCGCCCCCCGGGAGCAGCUGCAGCGCUGCCUGGACCUCAUCGACGACAUCAACUCCAAGGACCCGUCAAAGGUGGAGUACGGCGGCAAGCGAGUGCCGUACCGGCUGCUGUACAGCGGCUGGCUGAGCGAGUGGGUGGAGAAGCUGGACCCGGGGGCACCGGACGAGCUGCGCAUCCUGGCGCGAGGCAAGGCUGUUGAGAGCUGGCGGCUGUCUGAGAUCAAGCGCGACGACUACAGUCCCAACACGGCGGGGCAGCGGCAGUGGGAGGCGGACAGGCGGGCCUGGCUGGCGGGGCGGCUCAAGGGGAUCGUCAAGGAGGCGGGCUACCCCGAGGCCUCCCAGAAGCUUGUGGAGGACUUCAUGUUGGGUCGGGACCUGCCCGACCCGCGGGACGUUCGGCUGUACGACGUCACUGGGCCGCUCAGCACCGUCAACUACAGGCUGCUCGAGCUGCUUCUGAUGGUUCAGACGCUGCGAGACGCGGAGGGGCUUGUGUUCCUGCAACACACCUUCCCGCGCAUGUUCGAGGAGCUGCCGGCGGACGAGGUGGUGAAGGCGGUGCGGAGCGAGCUGGGAGGCAUGUCCAAGAGGGGUAUCGCCACGGCCCUGCAGCUGCCAUGGAGUCCGCUGCAACGCAAGCUGCUCGCCACCUCGCUGCCGCUGCCGCCAGGGUGGGGGGAGGUGCUGCGGGGGGUGGAGGGCGCGGCGGCGGCGUCAACACACCCGGGAGACUGGCGCUUCAAGGACUUUGAUUACGAUUAGCUAGGGAGGGAGGGAGAGGGAGGGGGAAACACGACUGCGACAAGAAAGGCAGGGAGGAAGGAAGGGAGAGGAUGAGGGAGGGAGAGGGGUUGGAAGGACCACAUUUGGGUUUUGCGAUAACUGGGUGCCAGGUUCGUUAGGAUGCUAGGAAGGGUGGGUGGUGGUGGUGUGGUGGAAGGAAGUGGGGCGGGACGGCAGCGGCAGCAGCACCAGCAGCAGCGGUAGUGUCGUAGUGGUGAUAGCGGCGGUGGUGUCUGGGAGCGGGCGGGGCUCCAAGGAGCGGUGCGGUGGGGUGGUGGGGUGCUGCGGUGGUGGUGGCGGUAGCUAGUGAUGCGACAACGUGCAUGUAUAACUUGCAGGCGUGUGUGUUCCAACAACAGCCGUUAGUGAGCCGCAACAGCUGAAGAGACACGGGCGAGGAAUGGGCGGACGCACGGGGCUGUGGCGGUGGUGCUCGCCACCGUCACAUCACCCCCAGCCAUCCACCAGGCCCAGCUCGUGUGCUGCUGGGGUGGCAUGGGUGGCACUUGCAGCUAUGGUUGUAAGCGAUGGGCC